AACAAAGGCUUUUCGUGCUUUUUUGUGUGCGGCGGCCGGCGGAGAGAACUCUCUUCGAACUCAUCUCUCGGAUACUGUUUACUGUCUGUAUACUAUUCAUUCAUUUAUAGUCGUUUAGAGACUGUUCGGUGCUGAGCAUCUUUUUCUUUGGACUCAAGUGUAAUAGCUGCGACAGACAAUGACGACUGUGUUGAGCUAUGCUUGAAGCAACCAAGAUCGAUCGCGGGUUCCACAUUGCCCAUCAAAAGGUGCAGUUAGAUGUCGACCUCGCGGGAUAUUCAAUUACUGGAUCGACUGAGAUUACUGUCCUGCCUUCCGAUCCUACAAUUCGUGACAUCCGCUUAGAUCUUCGGCAAGCUAAGGUCACGGCCGCAUACAUCAACAACAAACCCGCACUAUGGGACUACGAAGACUUUUGGCAAGCGACCUCCUCCCCGCGCUUCACCAGGAGCGCCCGCACCGUCCAUCAGUACGACGCCUACAAAGACAAGCUCUCGCCGCUCACGUCCGACCGUUUGAGCGGCGAGCUCGUCGUGCACCUUCCGCGGUACUUCAAGAUCCAGCCCACGGACUCGUUCAUCCCGCCCGUCAUCAUCGGUCGCGGGAUUUCGCCGACCGCGUCGAGGUUCGCGUCGCCGGACGUGCUCUCGUCCAGGAAUGAUAUCGAUAGUCCGUAUCUGCCGAUAAAUCUGCGGAUCGACUUUAAGCUUGAGAAUCCGGUGAUGGGCGUCAACUUUGUCAAGAAGAGUCCGACGAAUUCUUACGAACAUGUAUACACCUGCUCGAAUCCGUUCGGAAUCUCGACCUCCAGCUGGCUGCCCUGCGUCGACGGGCUAUGGGAGCGCUGUUCAUGGCAAUUCGUAAUCACAGUACCAAAGACCAUCGGCGACAUCCGCUCCGCCGCCACGAACGACUACGCGCCCACCACCAGCAAAGAGAAAGAAGAAGAAGAUCUCGAGCGCGAGAUCGCGGUCGUGUGCAUCGGCGACGUGACCCACGAGGUCACGCACUCGACCGAUGUCACGCGCAAGACUGUGACCUUUGAUCUGCCUACGCCGGUUGCCGCGCAACACGUUGGCUUUGCUGUUGGACCGUUUAUCCAGACUAAUUUAUCUGCGCUUAAAGAGUCCGACGAUGAAGAAGCGCAUCACUCGGCGUCGUCGUCGUCGGUCGACGUGCUGGCUUACUCGCUACCCGGAAAACAGGACGACGUCAUCAACACCUGCAUGUUUAUGAACAAGGCGAUGGAGUACUUUAUCCGCGAGUACACCUCCUACCCAUUCGGCUCGUUCUCGCUGUGUUUUGUGGAAACCGCCCUCGACGAUAUGGAGACCCUAGCCGGUCUCUCGAUCGUGAGCGAGCGGCAUCUGUUCCCGGUCGACGUGAUCGAUCCUCUGUUCUCGGUGACAAAGUAUCUGACCACCCAACUAGCAGCGCAGUGGUCGGGCGUGAACAUCGUGCCGAAGAAUUGGUCAAAUAUAUGGGUGACGAUCGGAAUCUGCCGCUACAUCACGGGAAUGUUUCUCAAGAAACUGAUGGGCAACAACGAGCACCGGUUUCGACUACGAAAGGACGCGGAAAAGAUCUGCGAGCUCGACAUCGGCCGUCCUCCGAUCGGGGACCCGGACCUGGAAUACCCAAUCGAUCGCGCGACUCUCAAGUUUAUCGAACUCAAAGCUCCAGUCGUUCUCCACAUCCUCGAUCGCCGGCUGACCAAGAGCGGCGUGUCGUUUGGGCUCACGCGGGUUAUUCCGAAACUGUUUCGACAGGCCAUGAUGGGCGAGCUGACUAGUUUGAGCACGUCUCACUUCCAGCGAUUGUGCGAGAAAGUCAGUCACGCAAAAGUAGACACGUUUUUCCAGGAAUGGGUGUAUGGCAGCGGGUAUCCGAUUUUCCGCAUCACGCAGCGAUUCAACAAAAAGAAGAUGUUUAUCGAGAUGGGUAUCCGACAGGUGCAGAGUGCCGAGAUGUCUGACGUAUCGUCUCUCAAUGAGACCGAGUUUGUCAAGGACGCCAAACGUCAUCUGGCGGGCAAGUCUGAGGCGAAAAAGUACCCCGUCCGGUCGGCGUUCACGGGCCCGAUGACGAUCAGGAUCCAUGAAGCUGAUGGAACGCCGUAUGAGCAUAUCGUGCACAUCAAGGACUCGUUUAUAAAGAUCGACAUUCAGUACAACACAAAGUAUAAACGGCUGAAGCGAAACCUGCGGCAGAAAGGAGGCGGCGCGGCCGCUGCGUCUGCGACCGCGGUAGCGUCUGCUGCUGCUGCGGCGGCGGCGGGGGAUCAUAUGGACGAAGGUGAAUACGACGGAGUCUUGCUGCAUUCUCUCGGAGACGUGCUGUCGACCGACGACGAGAUGAGCGAGUGGCGACUCACGGACUGGACCGCGGACCAGGAAGACCAGAUGACGAACGAGGCCUUUGAAUGGAUGCGGGUGGACUCGGACUUUGAGUGGAUCUGCAUGAUUUACAUCAACCAGCCAGACUACAUGUACGCCUCGCAGUUGCAGCAAGACCGCGACGUCGUCGCGCAGUACGAAUGCAUAAAGUUCUUUGCCGACGCAAAGCCCGCGCCGAUAUACUCGACCAUCCUCGCGCGCACGCUCAUGGACCGUCGAUACUACUAUGGUAUUCGGGUGGAAGCCGCGCUGACGCUUGCGCGGUACGCGACCCCGGACUUGGACUUCAUCGGCCGGUACCAUCUACUCAAAGCCUUUCAAACCAUUUUCUGCUUCCCAGACUCGCUGAUCCCGCAGGCCAACGAUUUCUCUGACUUUGGCUCGUACUCGCUGCAGAAAGCGAUCCCGACCGCCCUCGCGCUCGUAAAAGACGACCGCGGCAAAACGUCGCUGCAGGUCAAGGAGUUCCUGCUCGAUCUGCUGCGGUAUAACGAGAACUCAAACAACAUGUACUCGGACUGCUUCUACGUCGGGUGCAUCAUCCGCGCGAUCUGCAAUUCGAUCGCGGAGCCGGGCAAGGGCGAGCCGGAGUACAAUUUUGAGUUUUCGUUUGAUUUUGGCGAACCGGUGUCGAAUAAGUCGCCGGAGAAGAGGUUUGUGGAGAAGGCGAUGGCGGAGAUUGAUCGGUGUGUGAAUAUGGAUGGGUGGAUGCCGAGUUAUCAGAAUUCCAUCUCGAUCGCCGCUAUUGAGGGCAAGGAGCUGCUUGCAGGAGUCGGAACAAUUGAUCUCUCACCAGCAGAAGUGAUCCCGCUCACAGAACCAGAUCGGUCAGAGAGACUACGGGUUUCUGCGUUCUCAGCGUUGCUGUCGAUCCCAGACAUCUACCGCAAGCCCGAGCACCGCAACGUGCUGCGCUACGUGUUUGCGACCGCGCGACACGAUCCGUCGGCCUUCGUGCGCUACGAGCUGCUGAAGCUCAUCGGCGAAUCGAUCGGGAAAAUCAGCAUGCGCAAGUCCGGCGCCGACAAGGACAGCGCCGCGGCCGCGCUGGGCAGUUUUAUGAUUGUCGAGGAGACAGGGGGUGAGGUUGCCGCUGAGCGGCAGGAGGAGUUUCGGCGGUCGAAUAUUGCGGGGUGCGUUGAUAUUGCGCGGGAGCAGUUUUCCGAGAACGAGAUGCUGCAGCGGGGAUUGCUGGGCUUGUUGUCGGCGGCGGAGUCGGGCGUGCUGGCGAAAAGGAUGGUGAUUGAUAUUUGCGCGGUGCUGUAUGAGACGCGGCCGGUGAAGCUUGUCACGCUUAAGAUUCCGGACCGGAAGCAGGUGGUCGCGAAGAAUCUUGGUAAGGGGAAGGUUAAAUUGUAUCGGGUUGAGAAGCCACGGCCGAAGCCUGUGCAGAAGAUCAAAGCUGUUGCGGCGACUGCUGCUGGUGUUGCUGCUCCGCCUACAGCUACAGAUACAGCUACCGUCACGGCCGACCUACAGACGUCAACGGCUACAACAACAGCAGCACCUGCACCUGCACCUGCACCUGCACCUGCAGAAACGCCGCUGGCGAGUAACGGAAACGCAGAACCGCCUGUCGCGAUAAGUCAAGAAGAGAGUGCUGAAGCGGUGAAGCCGAAGGCGCCGGGGAAGAUCAGGAUAAAGCUUAAGGGUCUUUGAGGGCGUAUGGUAAUGAAGAAUAAAGAAUGAAGAAUGAAAGGGUUAUAAAGGGUUUUAUAGUGCUGUUUUAUGGGUGUACGAUAGGUAGACGAUAAUAGUAUACAAGAUAAUAUUACACA